AUGAGGGGAAACUUUGGGAGAGACUUUGCAAAAAUCGAGGGAACUUACACGGGUGAGAAGGGAGAUAUAAAGAGGUGGAAGGAUGCACUGAGAAAAGUAGCUGAUCUCGCCGGAAGAGAAUUGAAAGAUGGAUAUGAGACAAAGUUUAUUCGGCAAAUCAUUGGAGAAAUUGAAGAUAAACUGGGUCCUCGGCUGUCCUAUGUGGUAGGCAAUCUUGUGGGAAUGCAUUCCCGGGUUGCAAAUGUAGUUGAACAUUUAUACUUGGGCGAGAGUGAUGUGCGCAUGGCGCAGCGAAAGCGCGUGGGGCCCAAUGGUCUUGGUAUCGUAACUGGGGCCAAAACCAGUUUCUUGGUUCGAUAUUCGACCUCCAACGAGCCGACAGUUGGUAUCAGAGCCGACCUCCGACCGCAUGUGGGGCCGCAACGGGCGCUCGCAGGUGCUGGUGCCGCUGGGGAGAAAGUUGGUAUCAGAGCCGACCUCCGACCGCAUAUGGGGCCGAAACGGGCGCUCGCUGGUGCUGGUGCCGCUGGGGAGAAAAGCCUGGCGAUCACAUUUUUCCAGAAAAUUACAUGCCGGUUGUUCUACAUCAUCAUUCUUGAUGAUGUUGAUGAAAAGGAGCAGUUGGAAAAAUUGGCGGGAGAUCUUGAUUGGUUCAGAGAUCGACAUUUGCUUCUCAGUUCCUUUUUGGCUAAUAGAAGCCUGAGGCAGUGGAAGAGUGAACUGGACAGACUUAAAGAACGUCCAGAAGGGAAAAUUAUUGACCUGCUUAGGUUAAGUUAUGAUGGACUACUGCAUGAAGAGAAGGAGAUUUUCCUAGAUAUUGCCUGUUUCUUCUGGGGAAAGGAGAAAACUCACGUUACAGGAGUUCUGGACAAUUGUGGCUUCUACUCGGAUAUUGGAAUGGAAGUCUUUGUUCACAGAUCUCUUGUCGCAAUCAAGGACGACAAACUGUGGAUGCAUGAUUUGCUACAAGAGAUGGCUUGGGAAAUUGUUCGUCAAGAGUCUCCUGAAGAGCCAGGAGAACGAAGUCGAGUCUGGCUUUUUGAGGAUGGAACAGGAAAAGUCAAAGGCAUAGUCUUGCAAUCUGGUGACUGGAGAACAGUCCGCUUGAACCCAGAGUCCUUCACAAACAUGACGAACUGCAAUCUUAAACCAUUUCCACCAGGUUUUGUUCCAGAGAAUCUUCUCGAACUUGUUAUGCGGGAUAGCCUCCGUCGCAGGCUGUGGAGAGGGGCAAUGGUUUUGGAGAAGUUAAAAGUCAUCAACAUCAAUCGUUCCAAAUUAUUCAUGGAGACUCCAGACUCCAUGUAUGUCCCAAAACUAGAGAGGCUAAUUCUGAGAGGUUGCAAAGCACUAUCUCAGGUUCAUCCUCCAAUUGGAAUGCUAGAAAAUCUCAUUGUACUUGACUGGGGUGAUUGUGAAAACCUCACAAGACUUCCGGAUAGUGUAGGUAAUCUAAAAUCUCUCAGAGUUCUUAAUCUGUCUCGAUGUUCAAAUCUUGAAGAGCUGCCUGAGAGCAAUGGGGGCUUAGAGUGCUUAGAGGGGCUUGAUGUUAGAGAAAGUGCCAUUACACAUCUCCCAUCCAGCUUCACAUUCUUAAACAAUCUGAAAAAACUAUGCCUUCCUGUUAUUAAAGGAAGCCGACAAAAAUUUUGGGGGACACUGACGCGAAUGCUGAGAAGUGCUCUGAACUCCAGACGGCCGCGGUUGCCUUCAUUUUCAGGGCUAUCCUCUUUGACAGAGUUGGAUAUGAGUGGCUGCAGUCUUCUGGAAGGAGAAAUUCCCAGUGAUAUUGGCUGCUUAUCCUUCUUGAGGUUUUUAAGCCUAGCCAAAAACAGUUUUACCCCCGUACCUGCAAGCAUUAGCCAUAUCUCUGGUCUGGAAUUUCGCGUAUUAUAUCAUUGCACAAAUCUUGAAGUGUUGCCAAGACUUCCAGAAAGCAUAGUCUUCGUGGAGGCUGACAAUUUGCUUCGGCAAGAUCUUGGUUUAACAUUGCAGCAGAAGUACUCCUUGUCGUUGCUUCGUUACAUCAUUUGCUGUUCCGUAGCGCUAUUUCCUGAGACUUAUGUGGUGUCUCCAUGUCUGCAAUGUGGAAUACCUAAGUGGUUUAGCUACCAGACAGUUGGACAUUUGUUGAGCAAAGGCAUGUCACCUAGUUCGCUUGACAAUAGCUGGAGAGGAUUCGCCACCUGUGCUUCUUUGGAACAAACCAACUGCAACACCUGUCAGGACCUGGAAAAUGCCCACUACCUUUUCUGCGACUUCUCUGCUGAUGGAAAUCGGCUAGGUCCAGCAUUUAAGUUUCCCUUUAGAUUUGUUAAUUCAGGUUGCAUUUCGCUAGGCUAUGUGUCAGGUCCUCGAUUUCCAUGUGAUACAAAUUGGCAGGCGAUGUCAAACCACAUUGAUGUCUCAUUUAGGAUCACCAACCCUGGUUUAAAGGUGGAAAAGUGUGGUGUUCAUCUGGUUUACGACAGAAUUUGA